GGUUCCAUGAAAAGUUAUGUCCUUAUCGCUAUUACUCAAUUCUUACUUUUCUUCGUAUACGAAGAACUAUUUUAAAAAUAGCGUAGUAGUACUUUGGUAUAAUCAAGAAUUUUCACAAAGUCGAUUUCCUCCAGGACAAACAAUUAGUGAAGCAUGUACUCUGAUUUGUCUUCUUGUUGCUCAACGAAUAUCUCAAACAGGAUUAUUAAUAUAUAAUAUAGAAAAAUCUCCUCAAUUUAUUGCUAUCAUAGCUGAAGCUAUGAUAGAAGGUAAUAACAUUCAUGCAUGGAUUGUUAAGAAAGGUUUGGUUUCUCAUCCGUAUCUUAGUACAGAAGAAGCAUUAAAACUUGGAGGCAGAAACUUAAAUCUAUUAAGAGAAUGGACAUUUCAAGUAUUUUAUGAAAGGAUUCAAAAUGGUUUAUAUCAACAUAUAAAUGAUUUUUUACAUAAAUGGUAUUUAGCACCAAGAUCUAAGAAUUUAUUCAUGCUUCUUAUUACCUGUGGGCGUACAGUACUAUUCAUAUUUCAAGAAAAUAUGGUAACUUUUUUUGACUCUCAUAGUCAUAGUACAAUUGUAAAUCCAAAUCGGGGAUUAGUUAUUGCACAGACAACUAUAGACAAGUUGGAACAUUUAUGCAAUUGGUACACAGAAGAUAUAUUAAAUGAAUGUUACAAUACAGAAGCAAAUCAAUAUGAGCUAGCAUUUUUAUAUCCAUUCAAUUCACAAUGCUGUGGCUGUAAUCCUUUAUGCAACUGUGGCAGUCAUUGCAGAGAACAAUAAUCUAGUAAAAUAAUUCUUACUUUUCUACACACUUAAGUGUGCAUAUGUAAAUAUUUUAAAAGCUAUACAAAAAUACUAAAAAAAAAGUAAAAUUUAUAUAUAAAGUUUAAAAAUUUAUUUUAUAUAACAGUAAAAAUUUAUUUUACUGUUAUAUUUAAAUAGUUUUGUUUGAAACUAAAUAUUAUAAUAUAAUGAUUACGGUAUUUUUUGUUUAAUUACACAUACUAUGUAGAUUAAGACUGACAGAUUUAUUUACAUUAUGUACAAUUUUUUCCUAAAACUAUUACAAUCUUUUAGUGUUCGCGCAAUGCAUAAAAUAUUAAAAAAAUAACGUAGUUUAAAUCUGAAAAUCGUAUUUUCCUUAAUAUCAUUUAAAUGAAUGUAAUAUACAUUAUGAUUUUUUCUUUUUGCAUUGCACAAACAUACUUUUGACAACAUUUUACUGGACUCUUCCUUUUAUAAUGAAUGCAUAUAUCAGAACCUUCAUUUUAACUGUUUUAACAUUCUUAUAAAAUAUAAUCCAAAAUUUCUGGACGACAUAUUUUUUAUAUUGCUAAUUCUCUACUUUGCACCUUUCAAUGUUAGUAUACCUAAACAGAUAUAAUGUUCUGAUUUCUUAAUUGUUAACCAUGAAGUUGCAGAGAUAUAUAUUUCUUUACAUUAUGUUUCUGUAAUCUUUUUGCAUUAUAUAUAAAUUAAAAUGAUUAGUAGUUUUGAAAAUUUGUGUACUUCGCUAAGCUACAAAAGCAUUAAUCACACACAUUGCAUUGUGAAGUAGAAAGAAAACAUAAAACUUAAAAUGUUAUUAAUAACUACAACACUUUGUAGUAUAAACAAAAAAUUUGUUAUGAGGAUUCAUCAAUUGUUUGCUUUCUUAACAAUUUGAUAUACAUUUGAUUUAUGUAAAUUUUGAAACCAAUAAAUAUUUAUAUCCAUUA